AUGAGCCUAAAACCAAUAACAGUAGAAAAUUCAUCAAUAGAUUCCGAAGCUGAAGCUCGGCUUGAAGAAAUAGAGCUUUAGCGUGAAAGAUAUAUAGAGUUUUAUAAUUAAUUAAAUCCACAAGAAAGCGAAAUAAUAGGAAUGUAAACUUUAGAUUAUUUUUUAGAAUAAGGUGCAAUUGCAUUAUACGAUAAAUAUUUAGAAGAAAAACUACCUAAUUAUGGUGCAAACAUAACAGUAAUAAAUGAGGCAUUUUUAAUAGGAUAAAUUAUGUAACCAAAAGAUGAAGGAGAAACAAUAGAAGAUCUUUAAAAUUAUUGGUGUGAUGAAAGAGAACCAUAAGCUUUACAUCUUGAUAAUAGAGCAACAAAUUCAGUAGGUAUAGAUAUAAAAUAAAUAAUAAUAGAAGAAAGUGACAGUGAUGAUAAAAAAUCCAAUUAUAGUCGUUUAAGUAAAUAUUCAUAUCGUUCAUCUAAGUCAAGUAUUGUAAAAUCUCGUGUAAAUUUAGGAAAAACCAAUAAAAGUUUAGUAGAAUUACCUACAAAUUAAAAAAAUAAAAGACAUACAGAUUCUUAAAAAAUUGAAUUUACUAAACUUCCUGAAAAACCUCCGGAAAAACCCGAUUAAGAUACAAUUAGAUUACGUCAAAUUCGUGAAAAGAAAGAUUAUGUAAAGUCUAUAGAAUUAGAAAAAUAAAAAAAAAUAAUGUAAGAUGAUGCUGAAUUCGAAACUAAGAAAAAAGAAGCAUAAAAAUUGCUUAAAAAUAAAAAAUUUACUCACGAUUUUAAUGGAAAAGUUAUUUUUGUUAAUAAUAAAAAAUAAGAUAAGGAAAUGCUUAAUAAUAUAAUUACAUUAGAUGUCAAAAGUAAAUAAUUUACUGAAACUACUAAAUUUGCUCUUAAGGCUGAUGAAACUGGGAAAAAUGUUAAAACUGUAAUUUUUAGAUAAGGGGAUAAGAUUAAAGACAAGGAAACCUUAUAAUUUGAAAAUUAACCUAAUUUACAUUUAACUUUUAAAGUUUUUUAUUUUUUUUAAAUAUUUUUUUUUUUAUUUUCUUAUAAAAAAAGGCUAAUCCUGGCUCAAAACUUGUAACUAAUUAAGGUUUAAAAAAAGAAGGAGGAUUUUAUAAAUUUGAUAAUAGAAUGAGAAGAGAAGAGUAUUAAAAAAUGAUAGAAAGCUUACCUAAUAGACCUAUUCCUAAUUAUUUAGGAAAUGAGCAUGAAGAGUAAUUAAAAAAGAAAUAAGAGUAAUAUUUGGAAGAAAAUUUAAAAUUAUUAAAUGAGAAAAUUAAAGCAGCUAAAAAUUCAAAAAUUCAUAUUUUUAAUAAAUAAAUUUUUUUGACUAUGAUGGA